AUGGCGGCGGCAGCGAUGUCCUGCUUCGUCGUCGUCCUCGCGCUCUGCCUUCUCGUGUCCAUGGCGCUGAUGGCGGGGCACUACUACGGCCGAGCGGAGCUGGUCGCCGGCCCUGGCUGCUCGCGGCUCCUGCGGGCGAACCCGCUCUUCGUGCAGGACAUCACGGUGAGGACUGCGGAGGAGGAAGGGUCGGGAGCGAGCGGGAUCGUGCUCUACGGGCUCGCCGAGAUACCGGGCCUCCUGGACGACGUGCCCGCGGUGUGGUCGGAGGCUCGCCGCGUCGUCCUGCCGGCCAACUCUCACAAGGAAUGGGUCUACUUCCUGAACAGAGGGAGUCAGAUCGAGGUCAACUAUAGCGUCGAGCCUGGAACUGGACCAACCAAUCCACUCCGCGUCACCAUUGCUCAAGCAGCAGGUAAGGUAGGCUUCACGCAGUGGUCAGAGGAGCCAUCGGUACACGAACGUGCCAGGCCUUUCCAAAUCACAGGAACCGGAGCAGUUAAGCAGAGCAUCAAUUCUUCCGAGGACUACUACAUCACCGUCGGCAACCUGCGCGACCAAGACACGACGGCGAUGCUGGAUUUCAGGAUCAGCGCCGUGCUCUACAACACGAGCGGAGCAGAGUACGCGUGCUCGCCGUCGCCGGGCGGUUCCGGCUGCACGUACCGGCUGCCGAUCCUGGGAGAGAACGUGGCCGUCCUGUCGUCCGGCCUGAAACAGGGCGUGAAGGUGGAGCUCUCGUACGGGCCGCGGUGGAUCGUCUACUUCGUCGGCUCAGCCAUCCUGGCGGUGUCGCUGCUGCUGCUGUACGAGGUGCUGAGCGUGCUGCUCGGGUUCUGCUGCGCCGUCGCCGCGGCCCAGAGGGAGACGACGGCAACGACGGCGGCCUCGCUGCUGGAGAGCAAGGAGGAGGAAGAGGGCGGGAGCCGGGGCUCGUCCUUCGAGUCAGUCUCCUCCCACGACGGCGAGGCGGGCGACGAGGAGGAGGGGCGGCGGCUGUGCGUGGUGUGCUGCGACGCCCGGAGGGACUGCUUCUUCAUGCCCUGCGGCCACUCCGCCACCUGCCACGCCUGCGGCACCAAGAUUGUUGAGGGAGAUGCUAGCUGCCCGUUCUGCCGGAGGAAGCUGAAGAAGGUGAGGAGGAUCUUCUGCGUAUGA